GACAGCAUCACGCAACAUCACAUCUCCCCUCGUCUCUGUGAGCAUCAUCACCAUCAUCAUCACAUCUCCCCUCGUCUCUGUGGGCAACACCAUCAUCACAUCCCCCUCGUCUCUAUGAGCAAAAUCAUUCACAUCUCCCCUCGUCUCCGUGGGCAAAAUCAUCGUCACAUCUCCUCUCGUCUCUCUGAGCAAAAUCACCAUCAUCAUCACAGCCCCCUCGCUCUGUGAGCAAAAUCAUCAUCACCAUCAUCACCAUCAUCACAUCUCCCCUCGUCUCUAUGAGCAACACCAUCAUCACCAUCACCACAUCUCCCUCGUCUCUCUGAUCAACACCAUCAUCACCAUCACCACAUCCCCUUCGUCUCUGUGAGAAACACCAUCAUCACCAUCACCACAUCCCCCUGGUCGCAGCGCGCCUCGCUGUCAUCCCACCCCGCGGCGCAAGAGCGCGAGAUCAACGCCUCUUCUGCUGCUGCUGCACGAUGGACAGUGAAGCCAACGACUUGAAGGCGGCGGCAGGACACGUGUCUGCACAGGAUGACGACCGCGAGGGACAGGACAGCAACUGCAACUACAACUACGUGCCCUCGUCACAGUGCGACGCCAACUCCAACAACCACAACAUCUACGUGGGCCUCGCGAAUUACCAUAACGUGAAGGCGAACAUCAACAAAGAGAAGCACAUGGCUCAGUACUCUCAAAUUUCAAGCGAGAAUGUGUCACGUGGUCAGAGCACUCACAAUGUGGGCAAGAUUUUGGACCUAACCAAUGCACGUUGCUUUGUGCCGGACAAUGGCUUUGGAGAUGUUGAUAAUAGUGAUGAUGAUGAUGAUGCAAAUGAUAACAUUAAGCGGGGCACCACCCUGCCAGGAAUUGCCCCACAACUCGAAUCGCUUCGUGGAUGCCAAACAGCCUUCGCCGAGGUUUUGAACAGCGAAUUAAAUCAUUCCUUUGAUGCGAAAUUAAAGGAAACAAACACAUACGACGUCGACAAAAUGAAACACACCCCGAAAGGACAUUCACAAGCUUCCAUGUUAAUUCUUGAUUCCGUGGAGUCUCAUGGCUCGUUGGAAAUUCCAAAAAGCAAAGAGAAAAACUCUGUUACCAGGGAUUUCAUAAAAGAUUCAAAGGAAGUGAACGUGAAUUCAGAAAAUGAAGAUGGAAGAAAUGAAAUGGAUAAGGAAGCGAGUACACAGGCCUCGAUAUGUUUGGAUUCUAAGGACUUGUACACAGCACGUGGGGAAGAUUCUCAAUCCUGUUUUGAAAAGACAGAUUCCAAAACUGAUUGCAAAAAUUUGCAUGGACAGAGUCCCGGCUCUGAGUUUGUUGGGGCGAGAGAAGGGAAAUUUUCUACAUUCAGUGACGGGCAAUCUGAACACGGUUCACAAGACCUCAACUCUGUAAACAUUAAAGAGCAUGAACGUAAUUCUUCACAAGGCUUUCUCGCUGGCGACGUGGCAGCGGAUGAUAAAAACCUCACUAAGUUAAACGAUGUAAACUCUUUAAAAAAUGUUUUCAAUCCCAAAAACGACAUUUCGAACGCCAAAGCUGACAGUUGCACCUAUGUUGAACGUCCGCAUGACAAUUUCAUUCAAAUUUCAGACAGAGAUUCUGCGGAUCCCCAGCGCUCCCCACCACCACCACCACGCACCGGCAGCUUCCCCUCUACCGCGGUGCCGCUAGACGGCGGAGAAGGCGGCGAUCGCUCCGGCGUCUUCCCCUCGCCGUCGCGUGCCACUGCCCGGGAGAGUUCCGCACCGCGCCGCGACCCCGAGGCGCUGAGACGGGCCCGGGACGCCUGCGCCGAGCACAGGCAGCUGAGGGAGGAGAGCAGAGCGCGCAUGCGGGCCCACCUCAUCAUGUACCGCCGACUCAUGCUGCUGCGUCUUAUCCGCGCGCUGCGCCUCAAGACCCUCGAGCAACAGAGCCGGCUCCAGUGCUGCUACGACGUGAUCCUUGACACGCGCAAGGAAGUCCUCAAAGCUGGCGUGAUUGACCAGUGUCAAGCCUCCGUGUGACGCUGUGCCCGUGCGGGCCCAGAAGCAAUUAUCUGUCGCCUACUGUUAAUGGGGAGGGAAAUGGUUAUCGUGCUGUGAUGUUGUCUUGUUGACAGAUUUUCAUCAUAACGUCAGUGUUAUCAAUGUUGCCACUAACUUUUCCCGAAUGCGACGUGGAGCUCGUGUCCGUAAUGCAGUCUCUUGCUGUGACUCCCCCCCCCCCCCCCUCUGUGCAGUAGAAGAUCGCUACUCAUUCACACUCUCUACAAGGCUGAAAGGGCGUCCUCCCCCCCCCCCCCCAAGAAUAAGCUACUUGCUACUCAUUCACACUCUCUACAAGGCUGAAAGGGCAUCCUCCCCCCCCCCCCAAGAAUAAGCUACUUGCUACUCAUUCACACUCUCUACAAGGCUGAAAGGGCGUCCUUCCCCCCCAAGAAUAAGCUACUUGCUAUCAUUCACACUCUCUACAAGGCUGAAAGGGCGUCCUCCCCCCCCAAGAAUAAGCUACUUGCUAUCAUUCACACUCUCUACAAGGCUGAAAGGGCAUCCUCCCCCCCCCCCCCCAAGAAUAACCUACUUGGUGCGGGACACACAAACAACAAAUAUUGCAGCUCAAAAAAGCAUGUCCUCGCUUCAGUCUGCGCUCCAAGAUCACCUACGCGUAUUCAUGGGACGAGACGGAAAAUGACACGUGGUGCAUGUGACAAACUAAACAAGAGAGUGAAAACAAUCCACAAGUGUGUAUUUUUAGAUACUCUAAUUAAGCUCGUGAUAGCGUGUCCUGCAGGCUGACGAGCAAAACUGUAGUAGCCGACUCUAUUGUGAUCCUGGAGCACGGUGUAUAGACCAAUUUCCUGUCUUUGUUACAUUAGCCACAAUUGUGUUCUAGUAUUAGUGUCGUUAUUUUAAAUACGUAUAGCAAAUAUGUGCACAGUCUGAUAAGUGGCUAUAUUUAAGUCGAUGUUUGUGGCAUGCUAGUUAAAGAGAAAAUGAAACAUUUACCAAUACAUUAUAUGGAUUAUUUACUUCUGUACUAAACCGACGAAACCCCCGGGAGAAUGUGGACUGGAUUUUAAUGGUGCAGUGAACAAAAAAUACAGCCCGUCCUCCUAUAACGAGGUAGUUGCGUUCCUGAAGAACACCGCGUUAUGGAAAAAUCACGUUAUAAUAAAUAAUGUAUAAUGUAGGAUAAAGCACAGUCCGCAAUAACACGUGAGAUGCGUACGCAGGCUGAACAAAGACUGAGGCGCGUGGGUAGCAUCUAGAAGCAUCCAGCAGCAUCCCAAUGCCUCGUGCGAUGCUACGCCGAGGCAGCCGUACAACCGCUCAUUCCUACUCGGGCGAUGUAAUUCCGUUCACUUAAUUCGCAUCCGAGUUGUACAAAAAUGUGUUCCCUCAUAAGUUAAUCGCGUUAUAUUCAAUUCGCGUUAUGAACACAACACGCCAUUAUAGAACGGAUUGUAAUGAACGCAUUCCUGCGGAGGGAGCUGGUAGGAACGUUGGGUUCCUCGGUCAAUGGCCAGGGUCAACGGCGGCGUGGUGUAUUCCGCAAAUAUGGCCGACUGUGAGGGCGGGCACAAGCCGGCGUGAGUAGGUUAAACGUUGAGUUUUAUAAGGGCACCACGGGGUGACCAGCCCCUUACCA